AUGGCGAUGGAUGCUGUGAUGCUCGGUGCCGCCAUCCGCGCGUGCGGCAAAGCUUCGCUGUGGCAAGCCGCGUGGGCCUUGCUUUUUGAGGCGCAGAGUGCGACAACCAGAGCCAGCUUGAUUGCGUUCAACUCCGUCCUUGCUGCCUGCGAAAAUGCGGCAGAGUGGCAGCAGGCUCUGAGCCUCCUCUGCGAGAUGGAGAGCCUGUCCGUGAGCCCCGACAUCGUCUCCCAGAAUUCGGUCAUUGCUUCCAUGGUUCUGCAGUGGCAGCAAGCCCUGUUCCUUUUCCACGGCAUCCGAGAUCCAGACAUCAUUUCCUACAGUGCUGCCAUCAGCGCCUGCGCCGCCUCGUCCCAGUGGCAAGCGGCUUUAGAUUU